AGAGAGACGGUUGUGUGUGGCAGUGGCAAGAGCAACUUCCGGCUCAACCAUAGACGCUCGCGAUGCUGGCUUCACAAUUUAGCUGAGAUAAUAAUUCUCGUCGCGGGUUAUUGGUGUGAAAAAAAUAUUAGUGCUUCUACGACAAAAGAAAAGGCAUUGGGGGAUAUUAAGAGACAUCUGUAAAUAGCGUGGACGAAGGAAGAACGGAAUAAAUGAAUGCGAUACCGCACAACGCGAUAGAGGCCUCAAUUUAUCCGGUGAAAGAAACGUCAGGGACAAUAUAAAGGAAGUUGAGUACCGAGGUAAAUUCAUAGACAAAAUAUUUAUUUAUUCCUGUGAGAUCGGCGGAUAGAGUGCAGUUAUAGAAUAGCCAAAAAUGGAUGUGGUGGACUUAAAUGGCGGGAACGCCGAGCUGAUGCCUAACCUCGAAAAAUUGUCUAACCCAAACACUAUCGAGAACGACCCUCUAGACAUUGGGGAUGAUAUGAUCGGUCAGGACGAAGAGGAUUCUGAGGUCAAUGGUGAGGUUAAAAAUUCAGGUAAAAAAGGCACUCCGGGCAAAAGAAAAAUGCGCAAAUCCAAGGCAAACUCAACCAGUACCAUUGAAAGCGGUACAAAGCCUAAAACAAGAGGUCAGAAAAGGAAACUAUCGGAAAGAGAAGAAGUUAGCUCUGAAGAGUCCAUGGAGUUCAAUGGUUUCGAUGUUCAAAGUUCAGGGACCGAAGAAACCAGCAGUCACAUACUGAAAAAGCUUAUCGCCGAAGCUGAGUCGGCGGAGCCACCAAAAAACAAACGUCCGAAACGUUCCCUAACCAGAAAUGCAACAAAAAUAUCAGAGAUCACCGGCUCAAAUGAUAAGAUGCUGAUCGACGACGAUAUAAACCAGAGCAUGAAAAAAGAAUCUGAAGAGAAAUCGGAGACAGAUUCCAUCGGUGCCCCAAACAGUAUAGAAUCUGAAAACGACCAUCAGAAGACGGAAGAGUCUUCCAUGAAGUCUGCAAAUUCAUCCGUAAAUAGUAGCCCAUCGGCAAUAUCCCAAAAAUCUAAAGCUAGUAGAUUAUCACGUGGUGCCAGCCCAGGGAGUGCAAUAAAGCAGAAGGUGGUCGUCGAUUUAUCAAAUCCGGCGUUCAAAGAACCCUUCAAGUACGGAUGGAAACGAGAACUGGUUUACAGAGCCGGAUCAGAGAACAGUUUGAAGAGGAUGGGAGAUAUUUACUAUUACACCCCAAAAGGAAAGAAAGUUAGAAGCUUCAGAGAAGUGUCUGAAUUUCUUACGACCAAGGAGCUCACUAUCGAUAAUUUCACAUUUUUCAAAGAACCGAUCGGCAUUGAUGAUCCAGAAAAAGAGAUAAUUCGAGAAGCGAAACGAAUUAAAGAUUCCACACCUUCGAUGCCAGCCCGGAAAAGUACAGCCAAAAAAGCGACCCCUGCUAAGAAAGUAGUAAAAGAAGAACCCCCACCGUCUCCCGGCAGGACCAUAAAAGGACCAUCGACUGCGAUCAAAAUUAAAUUACCAGCAAAGAAGGCAGCCCCAAAAGUGGUUGAGACUAAACCCCCGGUCGAAGAAAGUGAAAUGUUACCGCCACAAUGGAGUUCUCCAACAGCGAGAAGGAGUCAACCUGCUGUUGAGAAGCCUUCCCCUGCAAAAUCAAAAAAAGCCAUAAAGGCCAAGGUCCAGGAACCGUGCAGUAUACGUUGUUCUUCGAGCAUGGGGCUAAUCCCGAGUCUUCAAUGCCGCGUCUGCCUCUGUCUUUACCAUCCGGAAUGCGUAGACGGAGCGGAAUUUAGUGGCGGUGACGACUACGUGUGUAAGAACUGCCAACAGGAUUCCGAAGAUUCUUAUGAGCAGCAACACCAACAAAUCAGUCAGUCGCUAACGCCACCUCCAUUAAUUCCGAUAAGUAUGUUAGGAGCGCAAAAUACAAAAUCGAAACAUCCGCUGAAUUCGACGCCUCCAAAAUUGCAAAGAAUUCCAAAAUCUGAUAGCCAAGACUCGCAGACGAGAAACGCUCAGAAGGUGUCCAGAUCUAUAACGAAUCAAAAGUCACCGGUCGUUGAAAAGAACGAAGGUAGUUGGUACACGCAUGCUAGAAACGAACUUUUGCACAGCUGCGAUGGUUCCUUGCCAAAACCUGCCCAGAACAUUGCAUUAAUGGCUGGUAAGAAGUACAUCGUUGUACCUAAGAAUAACGCCAUGGCUGUGCAGCCUGCCAUUACGGUCAAGCAGGAUAAAAUUGGCGACAAACCACCCUUACUCAAAGAGAGUUCUCCCACCGAAGUUUCUAACACUACAGAAAACUCGCUAGCUUCCCCCAUGCUCUCCAGAGGUUUGGCAAAUAAAUUGUCAAAGGCGGAACAAGACAAGUACCUUAACGAUGGUGUAGAAUUUUUUUCACGCAACAACUUGACAGAUUUAGAAAAAUCAGCUUCGAACGAUGACUCGUACGAAAGAGACGUAAUAGGUCUGGGCAAAGUAAUAACGGAACCAAAGAAAAUUAGCGAUAAAAAAACCACAACCGACUCCGUAGAAUCGAGCAUAUCAAACGAUGAAACUAGUACAAAAACAGAUUCUAUCAAGGGCGAAGUAGUGAAGCGAAAAAAGUUUAAAAGGAUGUCGCUAUUGAGCACAUACAAUGCCAACAAGGGUUUGGAUCACUCGCUAUCGGGAGAUAAAAGCUUAGGAUGCACACAGAAUCACAAUAAUUCAAAAGGGUUGGAGAUUACGCUAACUCUGAACAAAAAAAGACAGCAGCAACUAGAGAGCGAUCGUAGACAACAUUUUAUGGUAUCCGUCUGCGCGGGUUAUCAUGCAUUGUCGCGGGUAUUCCAAUAUCUCAAAGUUCAAGAGCUCCUCAGAGCUGCUCGGGUGUGCAAAAUGUGGAGGGAUCUAGCGGCGCAUCCAGCGUUGUGGAAAACGGUCCGCAUGAAGAACAGUCAGGUAACGGAUUGGGAAGGUCUGGCAGAUUCAUUGAAAAGACACGGCACUCAACAUUUGGAUCUUAGAAAAAUGCUAGUGGUCGGAGAGUCCGAUGAUAUUUGGAAGAAAUUUGUCACCGUCAUUCCACGCGUCACCAGCUUGAUCAGACUAGAGCUGUGCAGGUGUCCUGUAUCCGUUGUUCAGGAUGUCAUUAAAAACUGUCCGCAGUUGGAAGUGCUGAGCGCAAUGACGAUAAAAUGUGACUCGUUAAAUUUGGAAUCUGCUGGAAAUUUGAAACAUUGUCAGGAGCUCAAACUCAAAGCUAUAAGCGGAAUGUCUUUGAUCGGAGAUCUCACACCUCUACAGGAAUUGACGCAACUUACACACCUGAGUUUAACGUCCGUUAAGGAGCUGGGGAAAAAGAGAAUCGACGUAAUAGAGUCCCUGACAAACUUGGAGACCCUGGAACUCGGUGAGUGCUCUGAUUUUCCCGAAAAAUUUGGAACGGUCGUUCUACUUAAGCUACAAAAAUUGGAACGCCUGAGACUAGAAAAGGGUCAAGGUUCUUGUUGCACCUUCGACAUACUCGAUGGUGUCUCUAAACUCGAUCAGUUGAUUCAACUUGAACUUGUUAAUUUCGACGUCAAAAAUGGCUUUGACAAAUACUUGGCCAACUGCAAAAACAUCAAGAGAUUAUUGAUCAUACCGACGUAUAUCUCGCAAUCUGCGACCUCGAACAACAUGGUGCUCGGAGGUGUGACCGAGCUGUCGAAUAACUUGACUCACUUUGUUUGGGGUGUAACUCUCGAGUUAUUGAGAGUCACUGAACUAUUUAUCGAUCAAUGUAAUCAAAUGAACAAACAAAUCACGGGAGAUUCCAUACCCGUUCUCAAGCCCGUUCCAUGCUUAAAGUUGAUCGAAGAGGAGGAGAAAGUAAACGAUGAACAACAAGGUGACGAGAAACAACCGAGCUUGACAAAUCCACAGGUGGAUAUUCUUCCUCUUCCGCAAUUGCAGAAACUGCUUUUAACCGCAUUACCAAAAACGCGUGUCAAGAUUUUGAAAAUUCCCUUCCACGCAACUUGGCGACAAAGCAUCUCGGACUCUACUACUCAGUAAAUACAAACAAACAAAAAAUUUACUAAGAAAUAUUAUAAAAAUAUAAAUUACAACUGAUCAUACAACACUAUCGAACUUUUAGUCGAUCCAAUUUCUUUCUUGCACAAUUUCAUCCCAACGCAAUCUUUGCAUACUCAAUUUGACGGGCUCAGUAUCCUGACCCCUAGCCCCCGGUGUAUCUGAAAAGAAAUGUUACACAGUUCAAAUUGAUCCCAACUUACACAACAGAUUGUUCUCUAAAUCUCAACACACUUGGGUUAGAGGCCAACUAAAAUCAAAUGAAAAGGAAUGUCCCUUAUUGUAUUCAGCCACGAAAAAGAAUCAUGAAAUGGCCUCAUGAUAUCGUGUUUACUUGUUUGGCAAUCAUGGCGGACGACCCCUGUGAUAUUGAUUUGAUGAUUAAGUGUGCAUUGAGAGUUUGAGUAUCGAUCGUGUGAUGAAAAAUUAUUCAUUCCUUACUCAAACAAGAAAGAAAAGUAAAAACGAAUCGAAAAUAAGAACAACGGCCUUAAGUUACUGAUUUUACAGCCAUCGUUGGGUCCAUUCAUCCAACACGCCCUUGAUAUCAAUUCGAUUUGUAGUUAAUCUAUUAAGUCUGCAAGCGAAAAGAGAAACAUGUAAAAAUCUACUCGAUAUUUAUACGUGUAAUUUCGAAGGAAAGAACAUAAACAAAAAAAAAUUAUCGCAGAGUCUUUGCUGCAGGAUAUUAUUCCUAUUAAUUUCUAACGUCGAAUAAGUUUUGAUCAAAUCAAUCGGACUAUUAAGGGUUUUGAUAUUUUAUUAGUGAGUUUUUUUUUAAAUUUCCGAUUCCCCGUUAUCUAUUUAGUUCCAUGUAACGAGAAAGGCCCUUUCGCAGAUAGUCCCUUUCCGUGAAUAGAAGAUCCCUUUAUCGUUAGAAAAGUAUAAAUAAUUUACCAAAUCUAAACGCGAGAACUGUUUUAUAUGAUGAUUAUUACGUGGUUUGUGGUAAUAAUUUAUUUUCCCGCGGUGAUAAGAUUAGUAUUAAAUUUAAUUUGGGUAGAAUUACUCGCGGGAAUUGUAAAAAAAAUGUAGAUGAAAAAUGAUUUACGCCCAGUUAGAUUCGCGAAUUUUGAAAUCUAAUCGAAAUAUAAACAAUUAAAAGAUAACAAACAUAGGGGAUAUGAACGAAAAACUAAAAAGAAACAAAAAUAGAAAAUCGCUACGCUUUUGACUUCCUACCGACAAAAAAAAAACUGAAAAAAUAAAAAUCAAAUAUGCUGGUGAUGGAGUGAGCAAGUGACUCUGCAUCCGGUGGUAUGUGGGAUCAGAGAAAUAUAACCGAGCAAUGCUGUACUGGUUUUUUAACUCAUUAAAUUAUAAACAUAGUUUCAUCCGGAUGGUGUCAGAUGAUAAACAAUGUUGAGAUUUUUCUAGUUAUAAAUCGUACAUAUGAGAAUGCGACAUUAAAUUUAUAUUUGAAAAAAAAUUAAUCAAGUUUAUUAGGCUGUAUAAAAUAAUGAUAUAUAUUAUAACCGUUAGUAUAUAAGACGUAAGAAUUUUUUGUGUUGCAAAAGAUUGAAAAUAUUGAAUGAAAAUUAAUACGCAGUAAAAGUUACAUGGUAGUUGUGUAGGAUGAUAAGAAAAUGAUUACUAUUAAGAUUAUUAUUAUUAUUAUUAUUAUUAUUAUUAUUAUUAUUAUUACUAUUAUUAUUAAUAUUAUUAUUUCUUUCUUUCCCUGUGAAAUCUAUCACAUAAUUGCAUACAGUUUUACACUUGUAUUCUGUAACGAGAAGGAAUAAAAAUGUUACUAAACUGCACAAGUUGAACGGAGUCCGAAGGGGUUCGUCGUCAAUGUAUCAAAAAUAAUUAUAAUAUCCUUGUUGCGUCUUGUACAUUUUGUACAGAUUAAUUAUAAUUUUUAAAAAUUAAACGGGAAACGCAUCGAUGGGACAAGAAACGAAAACCAAACGAAAUAAAAAAGAAAAGAAAACAAGAAGAAAAGUAUUAUGCGCAGAUCUUAUAUAGAUUUGUUUAAUUUGUGAAUUUGUCUUAAUUAAGGUAUAACGAGAUGCAUAAAUUCUCAAUUGGGUGAUGAUUUUUUUUCGUUCUUUGUUUUUUUAACGUCUACGAAUAUACCUAUGAUCGAAGUUUAUUAGGUUUUAAAGUUUUAAUAUAAAUUUAGAGCUACCUGAACUUAUUUAGCUCGUAAGGUAUAACCCGAUCUGACUUAUUUACCAAUUGGAUUAUAAUUUUAUUAAAUGUAUGCAGUGCUUACAUUGCGAUGAUUCCAAAUAUUUAUGUUGUCGGUGAAGCUGCUUCGAAAACUUAACGACUUUCUUCACGCUAUCUGGUAGUAUGACGAGGUCGCACUCACCUUUUUCACGUUAUAAUAGUACAUCUUGCAUAGAGAUAUAGGCCAAAUAAUAAAUAACAUUGUAAUUUGGGAAACAAGACUCGUAGUUAUAAGCCGGUUGACCUAGAAGAUUGCAAUAUCAUCGUACAUACAUCGUAUUUGAAAAAUUAUUCUAUGUACAAUUGAUAUGAGAAAAACACAUCGCACAUGUAUCAUCGGUGUAUAAUAUUUGAAUAAGUUUACAGAAAAUAAAAAGAAUAUAGUUACA